CCACACUUGACGCCGCUGCCGGCAGAGCAGGACCAGGACCAGGACGGGACCGGAGUCUGACCCAGAGCAGCGGCGAUGAAGGGCGGCGGCAGCAGCAGGAGUGGCGGAGCGGUCGUGGUGGAGCAUCUGACGUUUACCGCCAACGCCGGCGACUCCGACCCUCGCUCCAGGGCGGUGUUAUUCGCAGGACAGCUGCCUAAUCUGCACAAACUUGCCUGGAGCCAAGUGAAAGGGAAACUGGAGCCCCGGGUGACCCAGGAGGUCUGGAAGACUGCAUUAAGAAUCUUGAAUCCAAAUCCAGUAGACACUUGCUCUCUUUGGCUCAAGCAUGCCUUUGUGGCAGCUCUCCCAGCCAAAGUCAGCCGCCACAACAGUCCGUCUUCAGCUCAAUUUCUCACACGACUGAUUUGCAAUUCUUUGACUGGAAAAACUGACCAAUGCAUUGUGUUAGUCUGUGAAUAUGCAGAUGUCUUUGCCUUAGCAUGUGCACUAGCAAGGGCGUUUCCUUUGUUCACUCGACGCACUGGAUUGGACAAACGUGAAGACAAGCUCACGGUUACUGUACAGUUUAUUCUGGUGGGAGAAAAUACUGAGCCACUCUGUGAAUCGACACUUGCAUGCCUGUCAAAUGUUGCUGAAGGCAUCCGAUUAGCAGCUCGGAUUGUGGAUAUGCCAUGCUGUGAGAUGAAUACAGAUGACUUCCUUGUGGAAAUCAACCUUGUUGGAUCUGAACUGGGCAUUAUUCCCACCAUUAUCCGUGGGGAGGAACUUAAUCACAAAGGAUUUGGAGGCAUCUAUGGAGUUGGAAAGGCUGCAAUGAAUCCUCCUGCUCUUGCAAUACUUAGUCAUACACCAGAAGAUGCUACGCAAACUAUAGCCUGGGUCGGCAAGGGUAUUGUUUAUGAUACUGGUGGUCUCAGCAUCAAAUCAAAGACUCACAUGCCAGGGAUGAAGAGGGAUUGUGGAGGUGCUGCCGCUGUCCUUGGAGCCUUCCGAGCAGCAGUGAAACAAGGUUUUAAAGAAAACUUGCACGCAUUAUUCUGCCUGGCUGAGAAUGCAGUAGGGGCCAAAGCCACAAGACCCGAUGACAUUCACCGAUUAUAUUCUGGAAAGACUGUUGAGAUCAAUAAUACAGAUGCAGAGGGUCGUCUGGUUUUGGCUGAUGGAGUGUGCUAUGCUUGUAAAGAUCUCAAAGCAGAUAUCAUCUUAGACAUUGCUACUUUAACUGGAGCUCAGGGUAUUGUUGCUGGAAAGUACCACGCUGGAUUGCUCACCAAUAAUGAAGAAUGGGAACGAGCCUGUGUCAAAGCCGGACAGAACAGUGGAGAUCUUCUUUACCCAAUGGUUUAUUGUCCAGAACUCCAUUUCAGUGAAUUUACUUCAGCUGUGGCAGACAUGAAAAAUUUUGUGUCUGAUCGGGCCAAUGCUGCAAGUUCCUGUGCAGGCUUGUUCAUUCAAGCACAUAUUGGCUUUGAUUGGCCAGGAGUAUGGGUGCACAUUGACAUGGCUUCUACAGUUCACUCUGGAGCUCGGGCUACAGGCUAUGGGGUAGCACUACUAUUAGCAUUGUUUGGUCGUGCAACCGAUAAUGCAUUGUUGAAAAACAUUUCACCAGUUGGUGUUAACUUUGCCACAGAAGCUGAUGACGCGAUGGAAAAUUGCUUGAAAAAGAGAAGACAUGAAUUUUGCUUGAAAUUGUGUUCAUUAUCUGUUGUACAUAACUGAGAAUGUUCCAUUACUGAGACUGUAGAAGGCACCUGUGUUGAAUUGAGGGGUAUGCGGUAAAUAGUUUCACAGCUCCAAACUUAAUAUGGGCAAUUUGUCAGACGGAAACAUUUAGAGUAAUUAGGUUGCAAUCGACAUUUACAUUUUAAAUGGCCAUGUACAAAUCUUGACUUUAUUUCUGUACCUUAAAACGUACUUAAUUGGAGAAAGAUAUUAAUACUUAUUGCACAAUGUAUAUAUAAUUAUUUUACCACGCCUUUGAAUAAUAUUCGUUCUUUUAAAUAAGGUUGCUAUACACUGACAAAGUCCUUGAUCAUCUUCCUGGUGCUUGGUUUAUAGAUUAGAUGUAUAGCAGUGGUUUUUGGAAUUUGACGCGAUAAGUGAUUUUCGAUGAGUCCACCAUCAAUAAUCUUCGCUGAUCUUAUCUUUUGCGCGUCGUCAUUUUGCCUGCUCUUUUGUGUGAAGCUGCCAGAGCUAAUUUUCAAUUCUCUGCCUCUUCUAAAGGUGGAUAUUUUUUUUAUAACUUGGCAAUCUUUGUCCCAUGGAACAAAUGAAUGGGAUAAUAAACUCAAAGAAUGUAACUUCA